AUGAGAGAACCUAAUCUUUGCUUUCCAGCUCAAAGCAGAGCAGCCAUCUGCAUCACGACUGCGCUUUACGAUAGACGAGCCCUCGACUGCACCGCAACCCUCCCUCUAAUCAACUCACUUACCCAUCUCGCCUACCUCACCUCAACAUCUCCUCGCAUCAGAGAAAUCCUUGUGCUAGACAAUGGUCUUGAGCGACUUAUCCGCAUCCUGUCUCCCUCUACACAAUCCCUCGAUCCUCGUUCGCUCUGGAAAUGGACAUUGGCCUUCCAAUGCGUCAUCAACGUUGGCGUACGAGGCACCGAACACAUUCGAACCAGGGUUGUCGAGGCAGGGAUGAUUCCGAUUGUGAUGAACGUGCUCGAUAGCUUCUUAAAGGCCCAUGAGCUUGUUCGUCAGGACACCGAGCGCAUACAAAGAAAGAAACGAAUCCUAUCUUCCAUCAAUCCAUCCAGUCCCCCUGUUCACAGAAUUCCCUUGAGAGAUUCACUCUAUCCUGACCUUCCCUCACAAACUCCUCUUACAACAUCCUCAUCAUCUCCAACAACCACCACACCAAAUCCAACAAAUCCAAUGAAUAUGAAUACCACUAGAGCACUUGGACCAAUCACCCUUUUCUCUGCCCUGUCCCCAAUCACUCCUAUACCCCAACAGGACACUCACACACGUUACCCGCGCAGUCCCUCCUUUGCCACCCCCAGACGGUCUACUUUCCCGUACGUAAAGAUUACCUCAGCCCAGCGUCGCAGUAACCGCACAAGCCGGGAAAACCCUCGGUCACAAGCCCAAAGGGUCUCGCCUCACGAAGAAGAUAUCGUGAUGGCGCUCCAGCUCCUUGCCUAUCUCACCAAAUACUCUCACAUCCGUGACUCAUUUCACACGUGCUUUGACCGCAAUGUGUUUUCCCUUGUUGAGAAAUUUGCACACCGUACCCACCCAAAGGCUAUCCAGUACUGGGCCAGCGUCAUCAUGCGAAACGCCUGCCGGAAAGAUGAAACACAAGGCGGCAUACGUCGAUGCGCAAACAUGAGCUGUGGUAAAUGGGAAUCCGGACCGCGUGAGUUUGCUAAAUGCCGCAGGUGUCGAAAGGCCAAGUAUUGCAGUAAAGCAUGUCAAAGCAUAGCAUGGGGCGAUGGCCACCGCUGGUGGUGCUCCGAACGACAGGCUACUCGAGAACAAUCUCAUCUGGAUGCAGUUGCCACAGGAAACAACAAUAACAACAACAACAAUGGGAACGUCAGUGUUAAUCCCAAUCCUAAUACCAAUGGUAACGGUGGUGGAAGCAGUAGUACCAAUAGCAGCGUUGUUGCUGCUUCUGGUGCAGGUGGUAAUGGAUCAGGAGAUGGUGUUCAGCUUGGACCAUCUGCUAUCAAUACAGCCAAUAUGGGUGCACAGACAUCGACAACUGACUUGAGCACCAAUCCUAUCAACAAUACACAGCUUGGUGGCAAUAGUAAUAAUACUGUUCUUCAAGAACACAGCCACAAUCAUAGCCAUAACCAUAGCCACAGCCAUAAUCACCAUACUCUCCAUCACCAUCACUCCAACGUAAUUUCUAGACGUGAGAUUGAUACCGAUGCUGCCACAGAACUCUCCCACCGAGGAAUGAGUAUUCUUUCUGAUGUCGUUGUCGGUGCUCAUCCUGAGUCUUCUACCGAAAGCUCAGAGUCUAGAGAGAUGCGAUUGGAUAUGAACCUUAAUAUGGGACUGUAA